AUGAGCAAGCUUUACAGUACAGGCUUCCUAACACUCUCACUAUCCACCACCCUAAAGGAAACAGGAUACUACAACAUCAGCCCCUCUCCUUUCACCUCAGAGCUUCAUCCAGGAGACACUCAUAUCACUCCUCCACUGAGGCUUCCUCAUCAUCAUCGUCUUCCUCAGCAUCUUCAUCAUCAUAAUCUUCUCCUUCAUCAUCAUGUUCAGAGUUCUGAUUCACCUGGCAGCUCUACCACUCUGGGUGACAGGUAUUAAAUCAAUUACGAUGAGAAGCCUAACAAAUCUACGAAUGUCAUCAAACUGAAUGAAAUAUCCUCUCUCUCACUCCUUCUCUCUCACCUAAUCUCCCUCUCUCCUCUCUCUAUCUCUCUCUCUCUCUCUCUCUCUCUCUCUCUCUCUCCACAGGAGAGUCGUUUAGUAGCAUGGUUAAUCAGAGCCCUGUUGCACUAAUAGAAGGACCUGGAAGAAACGUUCAACUCACCUGCAGCCAUGCUAUCCCUAACUACCGAAUGAUACUAUGGUACCAACAGUCAGCAGCAGACACUGCUAUGAAACUCAUUGGUUAUGUAAAUUACAAGUCAAUAAACUUGGAGUCAUCGCUUGAAAAGCACUUCAAUGUGAGUGGAGAUGGUGAGAAAGAGGCUCAUCUUCAUCUCCUGAGUCUGAGAGGACCUGAAGACAGUGCAGUUUAUUACUGUGCAGCCAGCCAACACAGUGAUGUAGAGUACCUUCUCUCCUCUACAUAAACCCUAUCUGAUAGUAGUAUUAGCACACUGCUCAGAACACCUGCAUCUGAGGUGUGACUUUGAUUCAGUGCCAAUGAAUAACCACAGAUGGAUUAUGACAUAAGCAAGGUGAUAUCUGUCCUAGUACAGUACACUGGUAUUACAGUUUAGUGUCAACACUCAUUAACAUCAAUUAUGCAAUGUUACAAUGUCAUAUUCCAUUACUCCUCCCCUGCAUAGAUGUGAUUCACAUGACUACUCCCCCCCCCCCCUUCCCCACCUCCCACAUCUCUCUCUCCCCCCUUUCUCUCACUCUCUCCCCCACCCUCCGUCUCUCUCUCUCUCUCCCCUCUUUCUCUCUCCCCAGCCCCCCUCUCUCUUUGACUUUGUGCCAAUCAAAUCAAAUUGAAUUUGUCACAUGCACCGAAUACAACAGGUGUAGACCUUACAGUGAAAUGCUUACCUACAGGCCCUUAACCAACAUUGCAGUUCAAGAAAUAGAGUUAAGAAAAUAAUUAAACAAAAGAUAAAAAUAAAAUAAAAGUAACACAAUAAAAUAACAAUAACGAGGCCAUAUACAGGGGGUACCGGUACCGAGUCAAUGUGCGGGGGUACAGGUUAGUCGAGGUAAUUUGUACAUGUAGGUAGGGGUAAAGUGACUAUGCAUAGAUAAUAAACAGCAAGGGUCAAUGUAAAUACUCUGGGUGGCCAUUUGAUUAAUUGUUCACCAGUCUUAUGGCUUGGGGGUAGAAGUUGUUAAGGAGCCUUUUGGUCCUAGACUUGGCGCUCAGGUACCGCUUGCCGUGCGGUAGAAGAGAGAACAGUCUCUGACUUGGGUGAUGUCGUGUCGAGUCUGUAACGCACAUACUGUCCAAUCCCCUGUCUACAACACACUUCCUGUCUGUUGUAUGUGGCGUUACACUAAAACAUUCCCUCUUGAUACUAAAAUCAACGUCCUCUCCGGUUCCACUUAAAACAUUAACAACGUCAUAAUCUUCAUAUACGAUAGUGACUGGAGUCUUUGACCAUUUUGUGGGCCUUCCUCUGACACCGCCUGGUAUUGAGGUCCUGGAUGGCAGGAAGCUUGGCCCCAGUGAUGUACUGGGCCAUACGUACUACCCUCUGUAGCGCCUUACGGUCGGAUGCCAGAAGACAGUGCAGUGUAUUCCUGUGCUGACCUGAAGACAGUGCAGUGUAUUACUGUUCUGACCUGAAGACAGUGCAGUGUGUUACUGUGAUGACCUGAAGACAGUGCAGUGUAUUCCUGUGCUGACCUGAAGACAGUGCAGUGUAUUACUGUUCUGACCUGAAGACAGUGCAGUGUAUUACUGUGAUGACCUGAAGACAGUGCAGUGUAUUACUGUUCUGACCUGAAGACAGUGCAGUGUAUUACUGUUCUGACCUGAAGACAGUGCAGUGUAUUACUGUUCUGACCUGAAGUCAACCCAGUGAUGUAGAUACCCUUCUCUCUUCUACAAAAACCCCUUCUGAUCCGUUACUCCAUAACUGCAGUGUACAUCAACACCCAGCAGACCUGCUAUCCACCGCUGUAGAUGUCUGAGCACAUGGAGGAAGUUGUUAUCAAACCUCUAUACUACAUAAUGUGGUUGAUGUUGUUGCUACAGAAGAAACGGUUUGGGUAUUUCUUCAAAUUACAGCCUAUUUCUAGUGUGAUUACUGCAGAAUCUAUAACACAGAUCAAAUCUAAAGACUAAAAAAGACAAAUACUUUCAAUGAUGUAGUUACCGGUAUGUUCCACAAUACACCUUUAAGCUGAACAGGAGACCUGUAGGUGAACAAGGUAUCUGCUUGAAUAUCAACAUAAGUUCUGACGUCAAAGUGAUGUCAUUUCCAUCCCCUCCGGCAGCUCAGUUCAGCUCACUGUCUCUAUUGACUUAUUUCCUCUCACCCCUAUGGACUCUGGUCUAAAGUAGUGCACUAUAAAGGGAAUAGGGUGCCAUUUGGGAUGCAGUAUACAUUUGACACUCCCACUAGCUGACAACACAUCUCUGACUAUCUGAAAACCCUUUCUCCUUGUCCAUGUGACACUUCUCUCCAGAACCAUCAACAUGAUCACGCUCCUCAUACAAGUAGCAACUCUACCACUAUGGGUGACAGGUACUAAGUCCCUCAUGAAAUAUAUAUUUACUGUUGAAGUAUAUUGCUACUGUAUAUUUCAUAUUGUCUGUUUUCAUCCACAGGGCUGUCACAAACAGACAAUAUUCACCAGACUCCUACUGAAAUACUAAAAAGACCUGAAGAUAAGGUUCAGCUCAGCUGCAGCCACAAUAUUCCAACCUACAACACAAUACUGUGGUACCAACAGUCAGCCCAAAACACUGCUCUGAAACCCAUUGGGUAUGUGACAUUCACCAGUCCAAUAAUGGAAGAUUCCUUUAAAGAGCGUUUUAGUAUGAGUGGAGAUGCUGCACCUCGGAAAACGGUGUAUCUACAUAUUCCCAAACUUAGAGAAGCUGAAGACAGUGCAGUGUAUUUCUGUGCUGCUAGUUCAGCACCGUGUUUCACUAUACCCUCUCUCCUCUACAAAAACCCUCUCUGAUCCUCUCAUAUAAUACUGACUACAGCUCUAUACACCUGCACCUGUCUUCAACCACUUCAACAACACUUUGCUAUGAACCAUUUGAUAUCAAACAGAUGGUAAUGAUACUGUUAUAAGUGGCUAGUUUAGAUGGUUUAGGUGCACUUCCUCAGUUCUCCAGCAGGAGGAGGUGUUUCUCCACACAUAUUUAGAAGCGGCUGUAUAGUGGCACUCUAUGGGCCCUGGUCAAAGGUAGUGCACUAUAUAGGGAAUAGGGGGUCACUUGGGAUGAAAACGCUUUCUAAAUGUGUGUGUGGGCCUGGCUCACCCUACCGUACCUCCCCUAGGAGGCCUGGCUCACCCUACCGUACCUCCCCUAGGAGGCCUGGCUCGCCCUACCGUACCUCCCCUAGGAGGCCUGGCUCACCCUACCGUACCUCCCCUAGGGGGCCUGGCUCACCCUACCGUACCUCCCCUAGGGGGCCUGGCUCACCCUACCGUACCUCCCCUAGGGGGCCUGGCUCACCCUACCGUACCUCCCCUGGGAGGCCUGGAUCACCCUACCGUACCUCCCCUAGGGGGCCUGGCUCACCCUACCGUACCUCCCCUAGGAGGCCUGGCUCGCCCUACC